GAACAAGUCACAGUUCCUCCCCUUCCACAUCCUUCCAAACCUACCAAAAGAUCCAAAUGGGAAUCUGAAAAUGAAAGUGAGGAAGAAGCAGAAGAGCAGCAACAACAAAAACAGCGACAGAGAAUAUUAUUAAAGAAACGAAGGACCAAUAAGAAAGGCAAAAUUCAUAUUGACUCUACUGAAGAAGAACAAGGUUCUCAAACUGACGAAGGAACAAAGCCUACAAAGCAACAACAGCCGCAAACACAAGCAGAGGAUAUCGAUGUUAGUUCCCAGUCAUCAGGACAACAAAAGUCUUUGAUAUCACCUAAUGCUGCUGCUAGUGGAGCUACCCCCGAAAAUUUAGAACUUACAUUAAACGUGUCUCGUAUCCCGAAACGUGAAACAUCACAACAUGCGUCUGUUAAACUAAAACCUCCUGAAGUGAAAGCACCAGAGCUCGCAGGGUGUCGUAGCGUUGAUAACUACGAGAAAUUGAAUAGGAUAGAAGAAGGCGCUUACGGUAUAGUGUUUCGUGCACGCGACAAAACAACCGGUGAAAUCGUAGCGUUGAAAAAAUUAAAAUUGGAUAAAGAGAAGAACGGGUUUCCGAUUACGUCGUUACGUGAGGUUGCCACCUUAUUGACGGCAAAACAUCCAAAUAUCGUCAAUGUUCGCGAGAUUGUGGUUGGCGAGACUUUGACACAAAUUUUCAUAGUCAUGGAUUUCGUUGAACAUGAUCUCAAAAGUCUAAUGGAAGACAUGCGUCGUCCUUUCUCACAUUCUGAAAUAAAAACCAUCAUGCUUCAAUUAUUAUCCGCUGUUGCUAUGCUACAUGAUAACUGGAUUAUUCAUCGUGAUCUGAAAACUUCUAAUUUGCUUUUGAAUAAUCGUGGGCAAAUAAAGGUUGCAGAUUUUGGCCUAGCGAGAUCUUAUGGAAGUCCACUGGGGAAGAUGACCGAAUUGGUGGUGACUCUCUGGUACAGAGCACCAGAAUUGUUGCUUGGUGCAAAGAAAUACUCGACUGCUAUUGAUAUCUGGUCGGUCGGUUGUAUUUUUGGCGAGUUGUUAAAUAAAGAGCCGUUGUUUCCUGGUCGAAGUGAGAUCGAUCAGUUAGAUCAGAUUUUCAAAUUGUUGGGAACUCCUGACGAAAGAACAUGGCCUGGGUUUUCUAUCUUGCCAAAUUCUAGGACUUUU